UGUACGUGACACUGAAACAGUGUGAUAAGCUGUUAAAUGGCCUCGAUGUUCAGAUAACACAGCACAUAAUUACAUCAAAUGUUUUGUGUCGUUUUAGAUACACGCAAAUAAUGUGAAUCAUCUUAUUUAAUAAUUCACCAUAAGAUAGGUGGCAUAUCAAAACAAUCGAAAAAAAUAAGCUUUCUGUUUUAGAAAUUUCAAUACAAAUUAACACGGGAUAUGAGUUUGACAUGAGCAAGAUCGCAAGAAUAGAUAACAGUGAAUUUAUUUUGUGAGUUUUUUCAAACACAAGAAACCAUUGCCUUUUUUUAAAAAAAGGUGCAAAAUUUGCUAGAGUAACAUAGAGGUUCUCGGAAGUAGCGGAACUGACUAGACUACAAACAGAAAAAAAAUCAAUUUUAACAUGGGUAUGCCAUGUGGGGUAAUAUUAACAGCCAAUUCCAAACAAGACCACCUCUACGUGUCCUGCAAGUCUAACGUCACGUUUGAAUGUCAGGCAAACGUCCACCCAGCCCCACGCCUGCUUCUCUACAGAGCCAGCAGGACUCACGUGCUAGCUAAAGAUUACUCCGACAGACUGCUCACCUACACGAUACACAACGUCCAGCCGUCUGAUACAGGCAGGUACGGGUGUGGCAUGGGGUAUGCUCACGGGGAACACCCCAGCAGGGACAAGUUUAUAGAACUUCGCGUUAAUCACUGCACCACUCCAGCAGCAGAUGAAGCAGACGACUUGGACGACUUCAACAUCAUCACUCUCUGGAUCGUGGCAUCGGUCGCCGUCCUUCUCCUGUGUCUGGCACUCAGCCUCAUGUCCUACAUCCGGUACAAGAGCCGUAACCAUGGCAACCGCCGGGCCAGCACCUGCGCGAGAAGGGACCUGAUCGGAACUGACGUCAUCUACGACCUGAGCUGCGCGCGCACCCACCUCUCGCACUGUGACGUCAGCGAGCUGGGCGUGGUGGCCCCACCCUACAGCACCGAGAGGGACGAUAACUCUAAUCCUCCGGCGUACGACUCGCUCCCUAAACCUCAGAAUCCCGGCUCGGGGCCGGAGCAGCCAAACCAUCCGGCACAACAAAAUUUUCAUUCAUUACCUCCCCCGUACACUCCCCGCUAGGCAACACAAAAUCAAUGUUUGUAAACCUUGGUUGUACAAAAAAUUAUUAUUUUAUCCAUGUUGAACUUAUAUACCAUAUACCCAAAGUCAGAGUUUCUUCCAGGCAUCUUCGAAGAAAGUCCACCGCUUCCUCGAACGAAAUGGAAUUUUAAUAGAAAACAUACUUCUACUUCUACCAGUGUCCGCCCCCACCGCGAAAAUGUUGUCCGCCCUCACCAACUCCGGAAAAUAUCAAGUGCCCCCCCUCCCCCGGAGAAAAAAAUCUGGAAGAAACACUGCACAAAGCAGGAUCAUACUCAAUAUUUCCAAAAUAUAGCAAUAUUUGUAUACACAAUACGCGAAAGCGAAAAACAAAAGUAAUCAAUGUUAAUGCUCUUUUUGUUUUGUUUUAUAACUUUAAUAUAUAUGUCAAUCUGGAAAUAGCUUUGGGUUUUUAUAUUUCCUUAUGAAAGAGCCUAAUCUACAAUGCCCCAUUAUGUACCUGAUUGUAUUUAAAUAUUUUCCUUGUAAACAUUUCAAACUAAUUUUUAAAAUAAAAAACCCAACAACU